AUGUUCCAGUACUUUGAGUUUCAAGGGCAUCUUCCCUUUGGUCCUCUUAUCACCCGUCUUAUAUCUCGCCUUGAAAUCUCCCUUGACCUCUAUCGCAUCACCACUCCAACCAUCUAUCUUACUGCUGACAACAUGCUGGACGAGAUUGCGUUUGUCAUUAGGGGGAGGAUGACUCUGACGACAACGAGGAGGAAGAUGACUCUAAAGACGACCCAGAAGAAGAUUAUGAUGAGGAAGAACCAAAAAAUGACUCUCAAGCUGAGGAACCAAAUCCUGACAUCGAGAUUCACUGGAUUAGUAGCAGUGACAGUGAUGGCGAUUCUGAUGAUCCUGCUUCCCCUCCAAACUCUCCUUCAUUGGAGGCCAUCUUUGCCGAUCUUCGAGAUGUCUACGAAUCUGAUUGAUUGGCUGAUGGUAUUUUUCAAAAUUGUGAAUAUUUUGCUUGGGAUGUUUGAGUUUUGCUUCAGAUGA